GAGAGAUCUUCGCAAUCGACAACUAUCGGACCAACGAUCGGUAACUGACUCCCGACAACUACGAAAUGAAAGUGUGCGAGUGUGGGGAUAAAUGUCUUUCUCAUAAAAGAAGAAAAAACAAUAGUCGUUAAAGUACCCCUUAUCGCGAAAUGGAAGAUCCGAGAGAUGAUGAUGACGAAAAACCAAGGGAAAAAGAAGUGUCGCCAUUUUACAGGAGGGACAAUUCACGGUUACUUUCACUGGGUGACUUGUCUCUGGAGAUCCUGGUAAAGAUUAUGUCUUCCUUGUCGCUUAAAGAAAUACUUCGACUCGAGACUACUGGCAGCAAGCUUUCACUUGCUGCAACAAUUCAUUUGAGAACAAGGAAGUCGGUUGAUUUUACUGAGGGAAAGUGGUACGGAGAAAUGUCUCCAUUAAUAACAGACGGUAUAUUUUCGCGCCUGCUUCAACGAUGUCCAGAGGUAAACUUUGUGCUCGGAAUACAUCCUACGUCGCUGACGAAACGUCGACAGAGACACACAGACGUGUUAAGUGUUGAUGGAAUCACUGCCGCGUUGACCUAUUGUAAGAAGCUAAAAUCAAUCGGCACUUCUAACAUACAAGUUUUGGACGCCAUGUUGGCAAUCAAGCCAAAUUUGGAAAUCGCCGGUGGUUUCCGUAAUAGAGGCGGAGAUUUCCCGAUCCCUCCAAACAGUUUUCUGUCCAUUCCAACCAGAGUGAAGUUAUCUCAGCUGGUACUAACAGGUGUAACUGUGCCAUCGUUACCCACAAUAGAGGGCUUGACAAUUCUUCAACUGCGAUGGGUUAAGUUUACAGAUCAUGAACCUUUCAAAGACUUUUCCUGCCCAAAGUUAGAACAUUUUAUCAUGAAAAACUGUAUGGGUGUUAUUGAAACUGGUUCGUUCAGUCCACGAGUCUGUAUUCCUCUUUUCCAUGCAUUGGGAAGAGCAGCACAUCUGGAACGCCUUGAAUUGGUGCGGGUCCCCUUCCCAGGGGGUGUGUUUCGGCAUGUUGUUGAGGAAAACUGGCGACUAGGCAGCUUUCGAUACCUUACAAGAGUAUCACUGGCAUCAUGCUAUGAUGCCAUUGAGGUAGAUCUUGGUUAUUUAGUACUGGUAUCUGCCUUUCGCUUGGAAGAAUUAUGCAUUCAGCCUUCGUUGACCAAGGAUGCAGUCUUCUCAGCAUUGUUAAUGGCUCAUGCAGAAUAUCCAAGAUUUGAAAGUCUUCACCUGGGUUACGCUGAUGACUUUCCUGAAAAAGGGAAAUACACGGAAGAGGAACUCCAACAGCAUGGCUUAAUGAUUGAAAGAGAGCAGACGCCUGCAUUGUCUGAUAGAGGGUUGAAACUAGCUCUUCAAGUAUUUCCACAGGUUCGCUAUUUAUCGGUCAGCAAUUGUCCAAAUUUGAGAAAUGCAACACUUUGGCCUACGCCAAAUUUGACAUGUCUGACGAUAUCUGAUUUGACAUUUUACAAGUGUAAGAAUUUGUCUUUGGAUCAUUUUUCUCAAUUCAUCCGUCAGCUGCCAGCCAUUCAGUUUCUCAAAGUUCAGAAUAUGUUUAAGAGAGAAUCUACUUGUGAACUUACUGGACCUGAUUGUGCUAAUUCUAAUGAUGAUGGCCAUCUUCUUCUUUCAUCACAAGUUAUAAAAAGUGUUUUCUUACAAAAGUGUGGAAUAAUAAAACUGUCAGUUGAAGAUUGCCCAAAACUGAGUUCGAUUUCAUGCACAUCAUGCAAAGAACUGUCAGAAGUAAAACUUAGGAACUGUUUAUUAAAUCGUGCAAAGUUUACAUUGUGUCCAGCCCUUGAAAUGAAAACUCUCCUGGAUGAGUUGUACAAUUUGCCUGUAAAUGCUGGUCGAAUAAUCUCCUUGAAUCCAACAGAAUCAUUUGAUCCAGCUGAACUGGAAAGACAGGUUUUUGAAUCCAUGGUUGACUAUCCUUUUUGUGUGAUCAAAGAUGAAGGAAACCACGGUUUUUGUUUACAGUUAGGCUGAUACUGUUACUGCCAUCAUUAUUGACUUUUAAUACUGAUAAAACUGUUCAGGUUUGAUCAUUGCUUCACUUUUGCAAAUUAUCUUCCUGGUAGUCUACUCUCUGAGUAGAAGCCCUUUGAUCUCUUUGGAUCUAAAGUAAUUGUAGUAAAUAGGUAAACAGGAUUAGGAGAAGCCCAGAAAUACUGAUAAUUCACUUUUGGUAUAAGCCUUGUAGAAACAAGCCUGUUUUGUGGUUACUCACUCAUCAGGGGAUUUUAUUUAUAAGAAUAUUAAUUUUGUAACCAUUGUUUCUUUACUAUACAAAUUUGCAUUAAAGGUGUGGGAAAGGAAAA